AUGGAAUUCCUCUUGGCUGAUAGUGCUGGCGAGAUUUGCCGCUAUCCUUGGAGCACGGAUGUUGACGAACGAGCCCUUGUCCUCUACCAGGCGGUGAAUGCCCGUGGUCGCUCAUGCCGCCUCUUCCAUGGCCACAGGGAAUUGAAGCCCUACCAUUGGCUGAGCACUCUUGAUGCAAAGUUGGGUUCAUUGAUCCAAGUGGUUUGGACUGGAAACGCUCAGAGCGUCCGACAUGAGCGUGCAUUCGCUGCAGUCAAGUCAGACGUCGACAACACUGUGGUAACGUGGGGUGACACAGAGUGGGGAGGAGACUCGUCCAAAGUUCAGCAGCGGCUGAAGAAGGGAGCGACCCAGGUCUUUGGCACGUUCGGCGCAUUUGAGGUUACCAGCGAGGAAGUUCAGCAAUGCAAAAGCGCUUUUGCAGCUACCAAGGCCAACGGCUCUGUGGUCACCUGGGGGGGAUCAAGCAUUUGGCGGGGACUCCUCAUUGGUUGCCUCGCAGCUUCGCAGCGGGAUCACCCAUGUGUGCGGUACAUAUGGUGCUUUCGCGGCAGUGAAGGAGGAUGGAUCUGUGGUGGUGUGGGGGCAUCCUGA